AUGACGUCUUUGAUUAUUAUGGCGAAGGAAGUAUUCGCUGCACAACCGAUGAUGCUUGAAUGCACAGCACCGAUAAACGUCUGCGGGGAUAUUCACGGACAACUAAGCGAUCUUUUUAGGAUAUUUGACUUGAUUGGAUGGCCUCCAACCGUGAACUACUUGUUCCUUGGUGACUACAUCGACCGAGGUCGGUGGAGCCUUGAAACGAUGCUACUUUUAUUCUCUUUGAAGCCUGUCUCCACAAAUCAGUUUCAGCUUAAAUUUCCCGAAAACUUCCUGCUGCUUCGUGGAAAUCACGAAACGACUAUUGUGAACAGAAUCUACGGCUUCUACGAGGACAUUGUUCGUCGUUUUGGAACUCCCCGACUCUUCAAUACUUUUCAGGAUCCACCAAAUCCCUCGUUACCGCUUGACUUGCUAUGGGCUGAUCCCGACAUCAAAAUCAAGCAGUUCAAAUUCAGUAUACGAGGUGUGAGUUGCACUUUCGGACCAGAUGUUCUGCAAACCAUACUCGACAAGUUCGGAUUUGACUGCGUUGUGAGAGCUCACCAGGUGGUACAAGAUGGCUAUGAGUUCUUUUCAAAUAGAAAGCUCAUAACCCUUUUUUCCGCACCGCACUACUGUGGACAAUUCGAUAACGCUGCAGCGGUGAUGAAUAUCAACAAAGAUCUGCUGUGCUCAUUUAAGGUAGCAGCGAACUUUUUAGCACAUCCGUAG